AUGAGAGAAGAUUUUGAUGUGCUUGAGCAACAAGCAAAGGCCACCUUGCCAGAUGUUAACUACAGAACUGUCACAGGGAGACAAGGAGGCGAUUCCGGCCGUUCCGUCGGACCCCACGGUGCCGCGGCGUCACAAAGGGCGUUGCCGGGCGGCGGCGGCAGACGCUCGGGGGCCACAUUGGGCGCGGCGGCGCCGGUGGCUGCCCCCAUGCUUGUGUGGCCGCUCCUGCUCACCUCUCUCCUGCUCGGCACAGUGUCUACCCCGCGCUCCGCCAGCGCUCAAGCCCGCCAUGGCACUGCACCAGCACAGUUGGCCCGUACCUCGCCGAUGUACCAUGUGGAAGCAAAGCCCAUCGUCCUCAUUGAAAACUACACGUUAUCUCCUGAUAUAGAUGAAGAAAAUAACUUGGGCACUGCAAAUAAGAACAAUUCAAAAAAGGAGCUACAAGAUAUCAUCAACAAUUUAAAUGAAAAAUGCAAAAUAAACCUAUCCGGCACUUUCGACAGUAUUGGAAAGCUGAUAAAAGCAUUGAAGAAAUUGGAAGCAGAAGAGUUAGCGGCCUGUAAUAUUUCAAAAGAAGCUGCCAACUUUGGAGGAAAUUAUUUUCUAAUAUCUGAAGAAGCAAUUGAAGGUCCUCCAGGAGAAGCAAUUCACACAGAAUUCCCUUUUUUUGAAGAGUUUGCACCCCCUGAAUCUGAAUUAAUUGAAGAGAAAACGACAGAAGAGGAACCAGAGAUUGCACCCCUUGAAGUUGAAGUAAUUGAAGAGGAAACAACAGAAAAUGAAACAGAGAUUGUCAUCCCUGAGAUAGAAAUUAUUGAGGAAACUGCAGAUGAUGUGUCAGGCCCUAAAUUUGAAAUUAAUGAAGAGGACUCAACACAACUUGUACCAGACACUACAAGCCCUGAACUGGAAAGUCCUGAGGUCACCUCAAAUGAUUCAGAAAUCGCAUUAGUAUCAGCUAUAGGGUAUGUAAGUCCUGAAAUGGAACUUGCUGAAUUUAACGCAGCUACCUCAACUAUCGCCCCGAUACCAGGUUUGGGCUUUGUAAGCCUUGAAAUGGCAGAGCAUGAAAUUGAAUAUCACCCGGAGAAGAUAACCACAACUGAAUCUGAUUCGGACAUUGAAACCACGGAAAUGUCAGAGUAUGAAAUUAAUUAUAGGGAGACGACAACUGUAUCAAUACCUGUGUUGUACGUGGCAAUGCCUGAAGAAGCAGUGAUUCAAAAUCCAACGAAAGAAUCAACACAAGAAAUACUUGUCCUAAAACCUGCAGAUGAAAUCCCUAAAACUGUCUCGGAAUUACCAACACUUCCAGUAGUUCCAGUAUUAGAGUAUGAAGAGGUACUUUAUCCAGACCCCGAUGAGAAAAGGAUUCAAAAGGUUUUACAAAACUUUCAGCGCAAAACUCAAGAAGAUCAGCUGACUCAUGAAACAAAAAAGAAAAGAAAAAAAAUGUCGAAAAGGAAUGAACCUUCUGAAGAUUUGCAAGAAGAAAAUUGGUCACCAAUGGAAAAAGAUCAAAAGGCCACAAAUGUAGGAAGUGGCAGAAGCCUUCCAGCCUUUGACGGUGAUGCUGACAGUGACGAUGAAGACCCACCAGAAGAAAGCCUUCCCGACAAUGACAGUGACAUUGUUGAAAAGAAACUGGACGAGCUGGAGGCAAACAUAAUGUCCGAUUCUGAUGAUGACACUGAACUUCAACCAGUAGCCAAUGAAAUGAAGGAUUCAGAUACCAAAGAUGAAGCUUUUGACGAACUUAUGGCAGAGCUGGAUUCAUCAGACGACGAAGUCAAAAACGAAAGAUCCAAACUAAUGAACGGUAAUUUACAACGCAAAUUCACAGAUGAUGAGAUGGUGCAGAACAGCGUCAACAGGCUGCGAUCCGACCAACCACAGGUACCUGCUAAACCGAUAGACAUUGAAUUGAUAAAUGUGAAUGAAAGUACAGGUGAAAUAACCAAAGAAGAAUUGGUAGAUGCCGAUUUAAUAAAACCUAAACACGUCGUUGGCAAACAGUCCAUGAGAGAUAUGGUGGAGGAUCUCAUCGCUGCCAGCCUGAUUGCUGUGUUUGUCAUUUUAGCUUUAAUUGCAAUGUUUUAUACCGUCUCCUUUGUCAGAUCCAAAGAGAAAGAAAAAUGUCCCACAAUAACCAUAAUCGAAAGUGGAUCUCCAGAAGGCACAAGGAAAUAUACCGUUGGUGCCUCAAGAAAGCACGGCACACCCGUUUGCUAUGGUAAAAUAGUCAAGACACCACGUCACCGCCAAGGGCGACACAAACGUGAAAGGAUACCAAUUCAUAAAACAGUUUCAUCCAAUAUUUCUACAGAAACAAGCCAGAGAACCACUGAAACAGUUGCUCUCCCACCUCCUCAGAUAAGAGAUAUUUGCCCACGGCCCCUUCGCUCACGUGUCUCCCGUGCAUACUCGCCUCGCCCACUAUCUCCACAAUCAGUGUGCCCUUGCGUGCGAUCUACACAGUUACAACCCACAUGCCAAACCCUCAUUCCCUGGUCGCAACAACAAUAUCAACCGAGAGAACCUAAAAGAUCAUUAAUAAGAGACUCAUUACAACAAGAUUACCAAGCUACGCCAUUCACAACCCCAAGAAAGUUAUCACUGCAAGAAGUUGAGUUACCCAUUUCGCCAAGGGAAAUACCAUCACCGGAUUAUCAACCUUCACGGCAGACAACUCCAAGGAGGUUAUCACUGAGAGAUUCAACAUUGACUCAAGAAAUGAUACCGAUAGAUUAUCAAGCUUCGCAGUACACAACCCCAAGAAAAAUGUCACUGCAAAAUGUGGAAUUACCUAUUUCAGAUAUGAUCACAACACAGCCACAAUCUCAAGCCUCACAGCCUCCAUCGCCAAGAAGGAUGUCACUGCAAGAUGUAGGGAUGCCUAUUUCACGUGUAGAUACGACAGUGUCAGAACAACAAAUAUUACCGCCCCUAUGCCCAAGAAAGGUAUCAUUGCAAGACACGGGACUGCCUGACACAACACUGCCAGAUUCACCGAUCGUAACCCCGAGAAAGUUAUCGUUGCAAAAAACAAUCUCACCCCCUUCAUCUCCACCUGCUUCAUCGCCAAGAAGGACGUCCGAUGCAGGAUUGCCUGUUCCACAUGAGGAUAUGCCAAUGCCGGAAUAUCCAGAAUCAUAUCACUCAAAGAGAAUAUUGUUUAAUGAGGCGGCUCCAGUAAGUGAUAAUGGAGAAUUGGUCACUUCGGACAUGGAGGCAACACAGCCAGACUAUAGAUGCCAAAUUCCCUCCCCCCCCAGGCAGUCGUCAUUUCCUGCUAUAGCACCAUACUUCCAAACUAGGGAAGGUCCAAUGCAUUCUGUUCCUGACAAAGUUCUAAGGAGUAUUAGCCGAGACAGCCACAAACCGUUAUCUCUAUCAUCCCCCCGUCUUACAACCAUUCGUUCAGCAGUGAGGUCACAAGCAGGCAUGCAGUAUCCAUACCGACCGGAUCCGAAUAGUGAUACUACUAAUCCUUUUGCAACAAGGAGGUCAUCAAGAAAACCAAUUGCUUCAAUGCAUGCUCCUGACCCGAUUUCAGAAGCCUAUGAUACUUUGGACUCGGAUAGUCCAGAGAUUUACAACAGAACACCUUAUAUGUCAGAUGAUGGUGGUGAUUUAAGUGUUGAAUCAUAUGCUGAUCCAGUCAUUCCUUCACAAUACUCUCUAUCCCAAGCCCCCAUAUCACCAUUCCUUCCUCAGCCCAGGCAAGUAGCCCAUUCCAGAUCACAACCAGCAUCAUAUGCUAGUCUACCACACACAUACUCACAUCCUACUCUCCAAACACUCAGGACACAAUCUUUUAGUGGACCAAGUGCGACCCCCUUUCAGCCAAAUCAGUUUGCAUACCAAGGCGGGGUCUCAGCAGGAGAUUUUAGUCCCAGGUUACAAUAUAUUCCUAAAGAAAGUGCUGUUAGAAUGCAGCAACCAGUUAGUGCCCACUCAUCAGUAUACCCAGUAAGUCCUCUUCCUCUAGGUUUCAACCAACAGCCCAUCACCCAGUCACAAAUUAUGUACCGAACACCCAGCUUGCCACCAUCUCAACCGCUUUCAAUCGUCUCUUUGCCAUACCUUCCAGAAGAAUCCCACACGGCCCACAUGCGUUUAAUGCAACAUAUACCCCAGGAAGAGUAUCCACCACCAGCUUACCUUCCUGAUGAAAGGGCAUAUGCUAGCCACUCGUAUAUAGAACAGCAAACACCUUUUACAAACAAUGGUAGACAAUCAUAUGCCUUCCAAAACCAACCAAGCAUGGAUGGUUCAUACGUGAGUAUGCCAUAUUCAGGAACUCGUAUUGCAACAUCACCAUCAAUACAAGGGUGGAUUGCCACUGGUGCUCCCACACCGGGAGAAGUCAGUAUAAGCAAUAUUCCAACUCAAAGAAGUUUUGCAAAUAUUCCAUCUGAAAAUCAGUCAUGGCAUGAAUCAUUUUAUCAACCAGUGGCUUCAUCGCCACCUUAUGCAGUAUCACAACAACAAUCUCGUUUCCCAUCAUACCAACAGUUAUCGUCAAGAUCACGGCAGGGACCUGAUUCCAAUGCGUAUUCAAGAUCCCAAGGCACACUGCAAAGCCCAUUGCCCAAUGUGCCACCACCUCCCUCACCAUCCGCUCGCUCACAAUCCCAAAUCCCGCCAACAUCAUUUCCCUACCCGUCAUUUCAGCCGCUGUCUCCAUUAUCACUAACAUUGCUUCGUGACCAUGCAUCUGACAGGUCACAGGGCGUUCCUUCUCGUAGUCAAGGUUCAAAUCUCUAUGACUCAUUUCGGACCAGCAGGUUUGAAGACAGUGGCUUUUUGAAAGGUUCGCCCAUAUCCCAGUCUUUCAUACACAAAGAUUACUCCAGUCCACCAAGAUCAACUAUUCCCUCAGUUUCGCAGUCAUUUAAUUUGUCACCACAAAGAUUUUCUUCAGGAAAUAAUGAUGUGUUUACAUAUGCUGAUGGUCCCAAAAAUAUGGUAUCAACACCCAUCACAUCAAGAGUGCUGUCAGUCGGUAUAGAUCCUGAAGCAUUUCAUACUUCCCUUCAUUCAACAAGUAGCAUCAGUUCUGAAUCCUCAGAGGAAGGCCCUUACAGGCAGCCAUCUCCUCUGAGAAAUGUGGCAGACAUUUUUCCAACCUCAUCUGAUAGUGUGCAUAAUUCACCUUCGUUUAGAGACAAACAAGCGGGUUUGUCCAGCGACUAUUCCAUCAAUGAAAUCAGCAGCGAUCCCAAUAUAUCUAAUGCACGUUAUUAUACAGCAAGAAGUUUCUUCAAUGAUUCCAGUGAUUACCUAACUAGUGAAUGAAUAAUACAAUUAAAUGUAAGAGAAAAGUAAUUUUAAUGUGAAAAUUAUAUAAUGUAAUAAAAAUAUUCAGAGUGUAGCAUGAUUAGCAGGCAGCGGAUCACUGAAUAUUGAUUUGAUGUGCCUCUGUUACAUGGCUAGAAUAAAUAUAAAUCAGUGAUUGGACAGCAUGUUACAAAUAAAGAGUUAUUCUAUAAUGAUGAA